GAGGGGGGAGGAGCCAAGUUUCCCCCGAAAUCCCAAACUUGGAGGGAGCCCCAGGAAGAGGCGCUGCCCCCCAAAAAACUCCAUCCUCCUCCUCCGCUGGGAUGUGAGGAAAAAGCCCGGCAAAGUGGACCAUCUGCUCUUACACGCAGGAGAGUUUAGCGGAGCGGGGAGAAAUUGCUACGUGUGGAUCCAAGAGAGCUUGGUUCUCAAUAAACUGGGUCAUUUUCUGCAAAGGAAGCAAAGUAGGAGGGGAAACAACACCCUCCCUCGCCCGAAUAAAUAACCCGAUCGGCUGCAUUUAGACUUAAGUGACUGGGAAAGGAGGAUUCAGGCUGACAGUCGAGCAAGAAAUACAGGAUUAAGAUGACCGAAAUCACCGAAAAGGAGAACGAGCCCCAAAACAACCCCGACCCGCAACAGACGCCCGUGGGCACCCUCAGCCUCCAGGAGACCAAGCUGCAGCGUUUCAAGCGCUCCCUGUCGCUCAAAACCAUCCUACGGAGCAAGAGUGUUGAGAACUUUUUCCUGCGCUCCAACAGUGAGUUCAAGCUGCCUUCGGAUGUGCUGCUUAGCCCCCCGGAUUCGGUGCCACCCCCGUCUCCCCCACCGGUGCCCACCGAAGUAGAGCGCUCUCCCCGAGCGGCUCAGCGAUCCCUGGCACCCCUCAAGCCCAUGAAAACUCACAGCUUCCAGGAACACAUCUUCAAGAAACACAACCCUUGUGAAAUCUGCCAUCAACUUAUUGUAGGAAAUUCCAAACAAGGCCUGCGAUGCAAGACAUGCAAAGCUAGUGUGCAUUUGUGGUGUUCAGAAGAAGUUUCUCAUCAGCAAUGUCCAGGAAAGGCACAGGCAGCAUCUUUCAGACGUAAUCUCAGUUCCCCUAUGCUGUUGCAUGAUCCACAGCCACAGCCAGCCACUACUACCACCACCUCCACCGCUACUGUCACUGCCGCCGCCACCACGAAAGAGUCUCUGCCUGCAGCAGGGACCAGUGGAAAGGUGGACCCCAUUUACGAGACUUUGCGCUAUGGGACUUCACUAGCCUACAUGAACCGUUCCAGUUUCAGCAGCACCUCGGAGUCUCCCACCAGGAGUCUGAAUGAAAAAGAUGAAGAGGGGCCCAAAGAUGAAGGGACUGAGGACACGGAAGCUGGUGGCCAAACAACAGAGGAAACCCAAGCUGAUAAUGUUUUCUCAGGGCCAGCAGAGAGUGAGGGCACCAUAUCAGAAGAAAAGAGUCCAGAACAACAGUCGGCUCGAGCUUCUGCACGAAAGGAGAUCUCACCCAUGUACUCAUACGUAGCUCUCUACAAGUUUUUGCCUCAGGAGAACAAUGAUCUACCCCUAAAGCCUGGUGAUCGAAUCAUGCUGGUGGAUGACUCCAAUGAGGACUGGUGGAAGGGAAAAUUGGGUGACCGCAUAGGCUUCUUCCCAGCCAAUUUUGUGCAACGGGUUCGUCCAGGUGAAACAGUCUGGACGUGCAACCGAACUUUCUAUGGCAAUAAGGAGCAGGGACAACUGAGCCUUAAGGAAAACCAGAUCUGUGUUGGUGUGGGGAAGACCAAGGAGAAUGAGGGUUACAUCAAGGUGACAAGUGGGAAAAAACGGGGACUUGUGCCUGCAGAUGCCCUAACAGAAAUUUGAGACAUAACAAGAGCGCAAAGCAAGAUGGAAAAGUUUAAAAGUAAUGUCCACAGGCAAAGACAGCUCUGCCUGAGUCCAGUCCAGCCCAUCCCAUCCCUGUGCACUUGGCUAAUCACUCUUUUAUGGAAUCUUCUGGGUGGAUUGAGGAUGGCUUUGUUUUGGAGGACAGAAGAAGGUUAAAGGGGUCGGCUUGAGGUCCACUUACGGUGUGGCCUUCCUGCUUCUGUCUAGCUGGGGCUGGAAAUUUGUCUCCAGUCUGAUGUUUCCGUUGGUUUGUUGGUUUCCUAUUCAGCCCUCUGCCAUUUUUUCAGAGGGUGCCACUGACAUCUCUGUGGCAUAGGGUGUAUAGGAGAUUUCCACUGCUGUGGUUCACCCCCUUUUUUUUCUUUGUCUUUGGGCUCCACUUCCAUGGCAACAAAUGUUGGUUGUUGUCAACCAGCCUUUACCCUACAGGGCUCUUUAUAUCUUCGCAUAAUGCUUCUUCCCCAACCAACCCGUAGUGAUAAUUCUGUGUCGCAUGCGUAUGACAUGUGGACAUACAAAGGCCUUGUCUGGCCAAGGAAGCCACAUGAGUGUGUUGUGUCCGUCUGUCCAUGUAUGUGUGUAUAUGUGUGUUUGGAUGUUGCUCAGGGUUGGUACAGCUCCCUUUUGGAAAGUAAAAAUAAGCAGGACAAUUCUAUGUGGCCUCAUUGGUCACGGAGCAAGACGUCUCACUACCAAGAUGUCUCACUACAGAGCCUGUUAGACAUUUUAUUCUAGGGAGGCCAACUGCUUUUGCAUUUCAUUAUUUCCCCUUGUCCUUGAUAUGAAAUGUUGCCUUCGUUUUUGGCUCCCUGGGCAUUUCUUUGAUCUCCAUUUGCCCCUUGAGCCCACGGCAGCUCCCUCAUCACAUGGCUGGCAACAGUGCAGACCAUUUCUCAGGGACCUUCCUCAGCCAGAUGGAUUUUGGCAACGAAGCUGAGAAUUUGACUGUAUUGCUCACAGGAGAGGUUGAGAGACCCUGAUCGUCCUGUCUUUCCUCACUUUGCCAGCAUGCUUCCAGCUAUUUGUCAUCUAUAGAUGUACUUUUGUAAUGUAAAAACAAACAAACAAUAUUUCAUUCCAUCCCAUCUAUCAGAAGAUUGCACAGAUAUCUGAGCAUUAUCAGCACGACUAAGAUGGUAUUUUUCGUCUUUGGAUUGGAUGGUCAAGCAGGAGACAUGUUUGCCGAAUCCCAUGGCAUGGGAACACAGCAGCCCUGAUGGAUCAGAGAAACAGCCAUUCCAGCCCAGUCUUCUGUUCCAGACGUCUCUGGGAAAUCCUUCAACUGGUAGCACCCAACCAUUUUAUAUACUGUCCAGCCCAUAGAAAAAGCACUUGCAUGUGUAAAGGUAUCAUGCAUGAAAUGGAUUCAGUGUGUCUACUGGGUCACUCACAUGUAGAACACUAGUAAUCAGUGGCCUAAAUCCUCUAAAGGUAGCAGAUUUUCUUUGAUCUUGGAAACUAAGCAGGGUCAGUCCUAGAUAGACCAAUGAUUACUAGGUGCUGUAGACUAUAUUUCAGAGGAAGGAAAUGUCAAAACACUUCUGAGUAUUCCUUGCCUAAGAAACCUGAAGCUACUAUAAGUCGACAGGCAGCCUGAAAGCGCACACACGCGCACACACACAUAUAUAUACUCACACACAAUCAAUGGCAGAAGCCAGUGAUUACUUAUGUGUAUGAUCUAGUGUACAUGCUAAGUGGAGUCAGACCGGAAGGUAUGCAUGAAACAUUAACCUAAGUAAGCACCUUACCUAUGACCCACAUAAUGUAAAGAUCAAGCCUGAAAGCACAUUUUCUUCAUUUUUACAAAAUGGCCUGAGCUUUAUAGUAGCUUAGCAAUAAUUUAUUGGUUUGUUUUGGGGUUUUUUUUUUUUGGUUUUUUGGUUUUUGUUUUGUUUUGUUUUUUGCUUCUGGCAACCAAAGUACAGAUCAAAAAUCCUCUUCCCUGUAUUUCAUCCAUCAAACAACUCCAACAGGAGCUAAAAGGACAUUAUAGGUUCUGAAGCUCUGGAGCAUAAUUCAUCAGUGUGUUUUUCAAAAAAGGAUUUUAACACUUGUGCCAGCUUUUCUUCCAUUACAAAAUCAUUCUAAAUGGCAAAGCAGGAAAGGUUCAAAUAUAUUUUUAUGUGGUCCAUGUUGGAAUGUUGCCCUUAGGAUUUCCAGAGCACAUUGGGAACACAAAUCAUUUUAAAAUGGCUAUAUUUUUAUUUGCAAAAGCAAAUUAAAGGCAUGUAAGAUGCCAAAUACCACUUGCUAAAUCUGUAGCAAAGGUGUAUGAGCUUUAGUCUCCCGCAGCUAAGAGUGGCUGGUAGAUUGAAUGAGCAACAUUUAAAAAACAAUUUUUACCUCUUUAUUGGUCGUUGUAGCAUUAUUACCUACUUCUAGCUACUUCCUUGAGCAGAAUUCCAAAGUUUGGCCUUUUUUCUGAUUUGGACAUCAGCUCCCAGAAUCCCCAGAUGCCUGAAAGAACAAUAUUUUCUCUAACACAUACACAAAAUCAUUGCCAUCUUCUGCUCAAGAAGACUUUCACGCUUAUGUCCCAAGCCAUCUGCACUGCUGACUCUUCUCUUUCAUUAAGGAAAAAGGCAUCGCUGAACAUCCAUCAUUUAUCUGCAAAUUGUUCCAUAGUGCUAGGUUUGCAGAGGGAACGUUUUUAUCCAUACGUUCCUUUAAAUGUGUUGUACAAUGCACAUUGCAUUCUUCAAGGAACAACGCAAGUGGUUAAUUUCUUCUGUUUUGCUCAUUCAUCUUUCUAGCUGGCUUUUUACAACACAAAGUGAUGACUUGCAAGUGUGAAUGGGCCACUAGAGAUUUAACUUCACAGUUGAAACUUUUGUAUCAUUUCGGAUGCAGUGCUUUUCAACUGAGUUAAUUGACACUUUCAGGCAGCAGUAAUCAAGUGUAAUGAAACCAAAUGAUGUAUAUGCAUUUCUAAAUUAGCCCCUAGCUGAAUAGAUUGUUUUUGUUCAGUAUGCUGUGAUUGCUUAAAGAGAUUUUUUAAAAACCAAAACAGAAUAUAGGGGAAGAACUUCGAAUGCCCAUGUCACUCAGUGUUAUCUGUCAAGGCAGGAAAAGACACAGUAAAACUUGACAGUCAACUCAACCACCCUUGAGGAAACCUGAUGUAACAUUGUGGUGCAUAGAUUCUCUUAUUAAAGUGAUUUCUUAAAUCCCUGGGCCAGAAUUUUUUUGGUAGUACUAACUGGAGUAACCCCAUUGCAUCCAACAGUGAUGUGAAUCCCAUUGAGUCCAUGGGUUCACUGUAAUAUGGACUAACAAUAGGAUCUAGAUCUGAACAUCAAAAUGUUGCACCAGUAUUAUUUUUUAAAGAAAAAAAUGAUCCGUAUGGUAAUGCAUUAGUCCAAAUCUCAAAAGUAUGUUUUUUCCAUGAGGGUACUCUUUUUUUUUUCUUUCUUUUCUUUCUUUUUUUGGCUCAGUGAAGAUACUACUUUAUGACCCAUCAAGGCCUGGUCCAUGAGUAGCUUGCCACCACUCAUAACUUAAAAGAGGAUAACUAAAUUAGUAACAUUCUGUUUAAUUCAACUGUAUCACCCAUUUUCGAGAUAAAAUCAAAUAAUGCUUGAACAGGCUAAAAGUUCAGAAAGCUUGUUUGUGAUAUGGUGGGGGUUUUAUGUUGCUUUGAUUUACAAAUAUUACUUUGAAUCCUAUUGGUUUGUCCCAACUAGAGUAGAACUAUUGGAUCAGUUUGAAUGGUGAAUCAACACAUAGGUAAGUCCAAUUGAUUGACUGGGUCUGUUUUAGUGAAGAGUCAUAUAGGAUCUAAGUCAAGCAUGGGCAAACUUCUGGACUUCAGAUCUCAACUUCAACAGCCGGUAGGCUGUUAGGAAUUAUGGGAGUUGAAGUCUAAAACAACUGGAGGGCUGAAGUUUGCCCACGCCUGAUCUAAGUCAUGGCAAAAUAUCCUGACGGUACCAAAGCCUGGCUGAUCUUACCAUGGAGUAGCAUGCAUUGUUCUCCUGCCAUUAUCAAAAGGAUAGCUUCUCCUUUUUUAAGGUAUAGCUUUGGGAUUGUCUUAACACUACCUUGACACACAAUAGUCCCUGGGAAUUUCGAUUUGACCUUGGUGAGCACAUAAGUUCUGAGGAUGUAUUGUAUACACCACAGUGUUAAUCAGGGCUUCUGAGAGGAUAUAUUAGUUGCUUCUAGGUGGCAGUGUCAAGAUUCUUCAUUAGCUUUCUAAUGCCAAAACAUUUUACACUUCUAACCCUAUGAAGGAUACAUUGAGACUAGACAUCAACAGAUGUCAAAGCCCUGCUUGUGUAGAAGAUGUAUGGGAUAACACAAAGUUUUUCACUUCUUCCUUGUACGUACACAGUCAACUAUUGGUCCAAUUAAAGUGGGUUUAUUUUGGGCUUUCUUCUUUCCCCUAGUGUGCUAAAUUGAUUCUUCUAUUAGCUUCUAAGCCGCCUUUAAUGGGUUUUCUAUUCCUCUGCAAAUGAUUUUUUUUUCCAGAGUGCAUUAGGACUAACUAGAAUAUAGUACACUGAAUGUGUUUAUAUUGUGUACUGUCUGAAAAGCAGAUCAUUAUUUUUCUGUAAAACAAAACAAAACCCAAGCUCACUUUGUAAGAGAAGACCUGGGUGGAGGGUUCUCAAUAAGCAAGAAAAGGGAGGAAGAGGACAAAGAAGCAAAUGCUGAGAAAACGCCAAUAAGAUGUUGGUGUGGUGGUCUGUAUAAAUGUGAUCAUCCUUUUGAACCAUCACUAGAAAGAAAAUCCAAAGGGUGUGGAUGAAAGAGAAGUAUAUUGUGAGGGAAGGAUUGUUUCCCCUUUGACAAAAAUAUUCCUCCUGUCUUAUCAAUCUGGAUUUCUAUUCUUUUAGAUUAAAACAAAAGGUACCUCCGGGGUCUCGUGAGCAAUUUUGUCUUUCUGAUUUGAGUUCAUCUGAAGGUAUAUAGAAAAGGUUUUAUUCCAGAAAUUAUCCUAAAACUUCUUCAGAAGAAAAGUAGUUAAAAUCAACUUGCAAGGAUUUUACAAAACGAUUUCUCCAAGAAGUAACAUACCAGAUUUGGAGACACCUAUGUAAAAUUUUGGCAAAUAUAAUAUAAAUAUUCCUUGGUCAAAGCAUUUUGGGUUAAUUUCUGAUAUAAAACUUCCUUUUGUAUACAUUCUGAGACUCAGUCUCUCCUUCACGCCAGGUUUUCUUAGUCGUUUUCAGCCUUUUUUGCUUCUGUUUUAUGCAAUAUAGUCCACAGUGACUUGAUGUUUACACUGAAAGAAACCCAUUGUCCCACUGCCCUCUUUGGGCAUAUGAAGGGGGAUGUUGAUCACAAUUACACACAGACAGAGAAAUAAUCUGGUUGCACAGUAGACCUCACACAGUUUAUUCCCCACUGGGAAUCCCAUUCACUGAAGCAAUAAUGUCCGGAUUUUUGCCGGCUGCACUGUAGAGAGAUAGCUUUGUUAAAAUGGCACCUUGUCUAUGUUAAGGAAUGCAUGAUGUUGCUGUUGUAUGGAUUUUGAUGGCCAAAGAAACUAGUUGGAAACAAAUGUCUUGAUUAAACAUUAUUACAACACACCAAA